UUUCCACAAACUGUUAAAUUAUCCGUUAAUCGGCGGUUUCAGGAGUUACUGUCCAAUUAAGAGUGAAGGAAAGGGGAGAAAAGCCCAGGAAUUUCCCUCAAAAUGUCCAACCCCUGAAUGGUGAAGAUCCUGGAGAAAAGAGAAUUCUGCAGCUGCCACUGAGUCCUCUGAGUCUUCUGAUCCGAGGAGGGCGCGCGCACUCAGCUCCCAUCCGCCGCCGCGAUGCUUUUCCACGGCCUCCCCACGGGCGACGUGCACGGCAUCGUGGACGACUUGGAGCGCAGAGGGAAACCCGAUUCGGCUGCGAUCAGCUCCGCUAUAGAUAUGGGGGAGACCGAGACGGGCAUGCCGUCGAUCAGCAGCGGCGAGCGCGUGGCGCUGUGCGCGGGCUGCGGGGGGAAGAUCUCGGACCGGUACUACCUGCUCGCCGUGGAUAAGCAGUGGCACAUGCGCUGCCUCACGUGCUGCGAGUGCAAACUGAACCUGGAGUCGGAGCUCACGUGCUUCAGCAAGGACGGCAGCAUCUACUGCAAGGAGGACUAUUACAGGAGGUUCUCCGUGCAGCGCUGCGCGCGCUGUCACCUCGGCAUCUCGGCGUCGGAGAUGGUGAUGCGCGCGAGGGACCUGGUCUACCACCUGAACUGCUUCACGUGCACCACGUGCAGCAAGAUGCUGACCACCGGGGACCACUUCGGCAUGAAGGACAGCUUGGUGUACUGCCGCGUGCACUUCGAGACGCUCGUGCAGGGGGAAUACCACGCGCAUUUCAAUCACGCGGACGUAGCCUCGAGCAAAGGCGCUGGGCUGGGCGCGCCCACCUCGCUGGGACUCACCUACUACAACGGCGUGGGCACCGUGCAGAAGGGCCGGCCCCGGAAGAGGAAAAGCCCCGGGCCGGGGGCAGACCUGGCGGCCUACAACGCAGCGCUCAGCUGCAACGAGAACGACGGGGACCUGCUGGACCGCGAUUCGCAGUACAGCUCCAGCCAGAAGACCAAGCGCAUGAGGACGUCAUUCAAGCAUCACCAGCUGCGCACCAUGAAGUCCUACUUCGCCAUCAACCACAACCCCGACGCCAAGGACCUCAAGCAGCUCGCUCAGAAGACGGGCCUGACCAAACGAGUGCUGCAGGUCUGGUUCCAGAACGCCCGGGCCAAGUUUCGGCGGAACCUCCUCCGCCAGGAGAGCUCGGGGGUGGACAAGGUGUCGGACGGCUCCGCCCUGCCGGGGGGCACUCCUUCGGGCCCGGCGUCCGAGAUCUCCAACGCCUCCAUGAGCCCGUCCAGCACGCCCACCACCCUCACGGACCUGACCAACCCCACCAUGCCCACCGUGACGCCCGUGUUGACCUCUGUGCCGAGCAGCCUGGAGGUCCACGAGUGCCGGAGUCCUUCACAGACCACCCUCACCAGCCUCUUCUGAUGCACCCUCCACCCUCCGGCGGCAGAGAACACGCACCAGAUGAGAGCAUUUCCGAAAGAUGGGGAAACAGACAGUACACGUGAUGCAAAGAGCCCCUUAGAUUUAUUCAAAGCCCCCCUAGAACCUUUGUGCGAGCGCAAGCAGGCCUUACGAGCAGCUCUUGUCUUCUCCCCUCCUUUCAUUUUCCCGAGAACUGAAAAAGAUUCACGUUUUGCUUUUUCGUUUGUGUUUUUUUUUCUUUAUUUUCGGGCCAUGUUUACAGUUUGAAGUUUGAAAGACGGAGAGCCGCUUUGCUUCCGUAGGAUCCCGGUUCCGACCCCGCGUCGCCGGCUGCGUGUCUGCAAAGAGCGAUAGACGCGAAAAGGACGAACGUGAUGGAACGAAGGAGGCGGCCGGCAAAGAAACAGCGAUUAUCGGCAAACUUGUCCCGAGACUGUCGCGUGCCUUAACCACCAGUCCCAGACACGACAGCUUUCGCCGCGUACUGCUUCGAUGGGACACCUGUGUGAUUUGACCGCACGUUUAUUUUUAGGGAGGUACAAAACGCCGGACGAGGCUCUGCGUUCUUUCCCGUGCCCCGCGCUCAUGUCCGCGUUGUAUUUUUAGCAUUCGACAAGUAUCCGCCGUGAGCGCCUUCACGAUUUUCCCCUAGUUUCCAAGCCACGCCCACUUGGUGUCCCGCCCAGUUGGAAGGUGGGCCGAAGCGUUGUCCCGCCUCCUGCCCAACGAACACUUGCACUUAAAACAGAGACGCCUCCAUCAGAGAGCACCCCGGGUGGCUGCCAUACUGUACAUUUGUGCGUUUGCAUGCACUUAUUUUUACACUGACAGAAACACGAGCUGUAAUUUUAAUUUAUAACACUGAGAAAUUAAUCCCUGUUAUUUGUCCCCAAAAUGUAUAACAGAAAUGAGGAAAGUUUAAGAAGCGGCGCAAAUGGUUCCACUGUAACUGUGGCGUGACUCUUAGGCGCUUGUUGUGUUUGCGAAAUGAAAGGGCGCAACGCGGCAGUUCCGGUCACGAGUGAACGCGAUCGCUCUGGUAGAGUUACGUUUUGGCCCCAUACAGAUGUGGAUAGAUGUGAAACGGUACCUUCAGCCCGACAAGCACGGUCAUGCUUCGGUAGGCCUGCUGUGUAAUUAGGGCUCCCCGCCGGGACGGGAGAGCGAUCCCCACGGUGACUUUCGCGGGAGGGGAGGGAGGCGGCUCUCUUGGAUUGUUACCUGUUCCUCCGGGUUUUCCGAGGCCUUCUUUACAACAGGAAACUCCUGCGGAGGACAGGCGUAGAGCUCCGUAGCGCGUUUUCGGGUGGGGAGGGGGCGCCAGCUGUUCCCGGUAGGGCAGCCCUAUAAACAUGGGUUUGAGCACGAUAACCUUUGCAGGCGCCGGCCUGUUGCGGCUCAAGGCCCCGACCCCAUGGGCGCGAGCAGGGAGAAAUUGUCACGUAAAGCUGUCUUACUACCCCAAGACUUCAUUUUACCUUGCUGAGAUCUACGUGCAAAGAAUAAUUAUACACUGACGAUACCUCAGUAGAAGUAGAACAGCACACAGCUGCAUGGUAGCAGACGCCAGUGAGAGGGCAAUCUCUGCAGACACACACACACACACACACACACUCUUAAUCGACCUUCUUACCUCAGCCCAGAAGCCGCUGUACACUGUUACCGUGGAGUGUGAAAACUGGAUUCGAGAAGAGCGUUGACUCGCUUCUGUAAGGAGAUCAGAUGCACUGAAAACUGUCACUAUACUUUCAAAGCAGAUCUUUAGGUUGGAUUCGGAAAGUGACCCCACGACCCCGACCGGAAGGUCACCGCUUCGGUGUAUCCACAAGGCCGGUGGAAAAUGUAUGUUUAAACACCAGUAGGAUGCUAUCUGAAGGUAUCACCUUGGACUUCAGAGCCGAUUUCUUUUCUCCGUCAUCUUCGCAACACACAUCCACGCAGGAAACACUGGCAUCCAGAGUUCAACCGUCACCUGUUUUUUUCAUUUCUUUAUUUUUUAUGACAAAUCAGGGAUUUUCUCUCCGAAAGGUAAAGUCAGCGUUGAUAAGACUGCAUUGGAAAGACGGGAGAAGGAUGUUGGCGCCAGAAGAGAGUGCCGCGAUCGUGACCCCUGAUUGGUCCACUUGCUAUAGAGUUCUCCAGAGUGGGCGGAGCCAGCUGGGUUGGAACACUGUAUCAUUGUUACCCAGGUCAUGUUGUUUUUCCGCACAUUCUUGUACAGUUC